GGAAGGGUGUCGGAUGGCUGUGCGAGUUCGCGGGGUGGUGAUCCGGGCCUGCAAGCGAGUUUUAGAAAGAGCAUUUUCCCUACAUAAAACACAUUUGAUAAAGGAUAUGGAAAAUACUUUCCAGUUGGUGAGAAAUAUUAUACCUCCUCUGUCUGCCAGAAAGCACAAAGGACAAGAUGGAAGAAUAGGCGUAGUUGGAGGCUGCCAAGAGUACACUGGAGCCCCAUAUUUUGCAGCAAUCUCAGCUCUCAAAGUGGGUGCGGAUUUGUCCCAUGUGUUCUGUGCCAGGGAGGCCGCGCCUGUGAUCAAGGCCUACAGCCCGGAGCUGAUCGUGCACCCCAUUCUUGACAGCCCUGAUGCUGUUCAUGAGGUGGAAAAGUGGCUGCCACGAUUGCAUGCCCUCGUCGUAGGCCCUGGCUUGGGUAGAGAUGACGUUCUUCUCAAAAAUGUCAAGGGCAUUUUGGAAGCAUCCAGGGCCAGGGGCAUCCCUGUCGUCGUGGACGCGGAUGGCCUGUGGCUGGUCGCUCAGCAGCCAGCCCUCAUCCAAGGCUACCAGAAAGCCAUUCUCACUCCGAACCACAUGGAGUUCGGCAGACUGUACGAAGCUGUGCUCAAGGGUCCUGCGGACAGCACUGAUCACCACGGGUCUGUUCUGAGACUUAGCCAAGCCCUGGGGAACGUGACUGUGGUCCAGAAAGGAGAGUGUGACGUGAUCUCUGAUGGCCAACAGGUGCUCACGUGCAGCCAGGAAGGCAGCAGCCGCAGGUGUGGAGGGCAAGGAGACCUCUUGUCAGGCUCCCUGGGCGUGCUGGUGCACUGGGCCCUCCUUGCUGGACCUGAGAAAACAAAUGGGUCCAGCCCUCUCCUGGUGGCUGCGUUCGGGGCCUGCGCGCUCACAAGGCAGUGCAACCACCAAGCCUUCCAGAAGCACGGCCGCUCCACCACCACCACUGACAUGAUCGCCGAGGUGGGAGCCGCAUUCAGCAAACUCUUUGAAACCUGAGCCAGUGCAGACAGGAUGAUUACAGCAUUGCUGGGGAAACUGCAAUUUGUAAUGAAAACAUCCAUAUCUACAUGUGCUGAAUCCUCAGGGUACCAAAGCAGCACAGGUUACUUUUGAGGGUUUUUAAUUGUAGCAUAAAUUGGUUGAUAGAAGAAUUUAAGAAUUCAGAAAAUUGCAAGUUUGGGCUAAACUAAUAUGUAGUUGGAGAUGUUACGAUGACAUGAAUCAAAGUAUUCCUGAACUUUUUUAGCUUCUAAGCAGUAACUGAGAAGAAAAACGGAAUCACAUGAGAAUGAAAAACUCUUUGAGAAUAGCUCACCUGAAUCUCUUGGCUUGCUCAAAGGUCAGCAGAGCUGUUCGUGGUCUCUACUUAUUUCUUCUCAGUCUCUCUGCCGACGCGUUUCAUUCUCCUGGUUUCCCUUCAUUAGGGGUUCCUGUUGAAGGCACCGGCCAGUCCUUCUCGGGGGGCCGCGUGAACACUGGCUGUGGUUUUUGACUGAGGUCUACCAGAGUUGUUCUCUAGCUCAUUUUUGUUUAAGUGGUUAGGUUGGAGACAUUUGGGUGUUGGUUGUUUUGGUUAAUUUAUUGAAGUGUUUCAGAACAGUCAAUGGUCAAUUUAUCUCAGAGAUCCUUCUGUAAGCACCAAGGGAACAGAGAACGAAACGUGACACUGACCCUUUAGGGGCCAGGAAGGGAGCUCUGAGACACCUCCUGUCUGACACCCUCCUCUGUCCAUGUUAGACACACUCAAGUCCCAUGACACUGCCAGGCCCCAGCCAGACAGACCUGACACGUGGGGGUGCUGUCUUGGGAAAGGCUUUUGGAAGACUCAGGACUUGCUGGGUCUGGUGGGGCGAUGCAUUAGGAGGCCUGAUGACAGUGUCUGCUUAGGAAGCAGCAUAGCUGUGUUCUCAGGAAUAUUUGCAAUCCAUUACAGAAAAUAACUCUAAAAUUUCAGCAAACAUAACGUUUUAUUGUAUUCUUAACCUUCGGUUAGCUUUUGUUUGUGUGAAUGGUUUUUGUAAAGCGGCCUGGCGCUUGUUCUCCGGUCCCACGUCUCAGAGGGUUGGCACCUGGUAUGUGCAUGGGGUGCUCUGUUAGCCCCUCACGAGGGCAGACCUGCCUGACUCCUCAAAGUCCUUUUGCCUUCAUGGCUACUCUUGGGUGAUGCUCUGUGACUUGAGCACUGCUACAGAUGGAUGCUACUUUCCUUAAAACCAGUCAGCAGCUUCCAUGAGUGCUACUAUUAAUUUCACAUCUAACUUUAGAAGCUUCACUAUCUACAUGUGACCUUUUGCAGAAAAAUUGUGCCAUGGACAUUUUUCCUUUGGGGAAUUACAUCUAAACUCUGGUAGCUAUUAAAAGACAGAUCUGGUUUAUUUAAA